CCCAGCCCCAGCCCCGCCGCCGCCGCCGCCGCCGCCGCCGCGCGCGCUCCAAGCCCCCACUCCCGAGCCGCCGCUCUCGUCGCGCGCUCGGAGCUUCCCCGCGGGCCGCUCUCCUCGCCCGACGAUGGCGCGCGGCGGCUGCGGUCCCCCCGCGGGGCUGGCCCUGGCGCUGCUGCUGGCGCUGCUGCUGCUGGCGCCCCCCGCGCUGCGGGCCAAGCCCACGGUGCGCAAGGAGCGCGUGGUGCGGCCGGACUCGGAGCUGGGCGAGCGGCCGCCCGAGGACAACCAGAGCUUCCAGUACGACCACGAGGCCUUCCUGGGCAAGGAGGACUCCAAGACCUUCGACCAGCUCACCUCGGAGGAGAGCAAGGAGAGGCUGGGGAAGAUUGUCGAUCGCAUCGACAAUGACGGGGAUGGCUUUGUCACCACCGAGGAGCUGAAAACCUGGAUCAAACGGGUGCAGAAAAGGUACAUCUACGAUAAUGUUGCCAAAGUCUGGAAGGAUUAUGAUCGGGACAAAGACGAUCACAUUUCCUGGGAAGAAUACAAACAAGCCACCUACGGCUACUACCUAGGAAACCCCACAGAGUUUCAAGAUACUUCAGAUCAUCAAACCUUUAAAAAGAUGCUGCCACGUGAUGAGAGAAGGUUCAAAGCUGCAGACCUCAAUGGUGACCAGACAGCCACCCGGGAGGAGUUCACUGCCUUUCUGCACCCUGAGGAGUUUGAGCAUAUGAAGGAAAUUGUGGUUUUGGAAACUCUGGAGGACAUCGACAAGAAUGGGGAUGGCUUUGUGGAUCAGGAUGAGUAUAUUGCUGAUAUGUUUUCCCACGAGGAGAAUGGCCCUGAGCCGGACUGGGUUCUGUCAGAACGGGAGCAGUUUAAUGAAUUCCGGGAUCUGAACAAGGACGGGAAGCUGGACAAAGAUGAGAUUCGCCACUGGAUCCUCCCGCAAGACUAUGACCACGCACAGGCUGAGGCCAGGCACCUGGUGUACGAGUCGGACAAAGACAAGGAUGAAAAGCUCACUAAAGAGGAGAUCUUGGACAACUGGAACAUGUUUGUUGGAAGCCAAGCUACCAAUUAUGGGGAAGAUCUCACCAAAAACCAUGAUGAGCUUUGAUACACACUCACCAUAAUAUGACAGACUGUCAUAGGCUUUCUUUUAUUGUCCUGGAUAAUUGCUACAAAUUGUCUCAUUUACAGCAGUUGCGUCCCCCCCCCCCCCCGAAAAGCAAGUUUAUCACCUCAGAUUGGGGUUAAAAUUGUUUUUUACUCAAUAUUUGCUGGAAAAUAGUCAUCACUAUUCUCUAAGACUUCUCUGCAAACAUUAAAAUCUUGGUCAAUUGCAAUGCUCUUUAGGGAUACAUUGCUAAAAUAUGACUUUUUAGCUUUUCCCAUGAAAUUUGAACUAAAGGGGAAUAAAAUUUGAAAAAGUCUUGUUGUUCAGAAGUUGGGUGGUUGGGGAGAGGGCAGUACAUGGAGUGACUGCUAUGAUUUUAACUGCAGAUUUUUUACAUUUGCCACUGUUGAAUAAUUGGUAAGGGAAAAUUGUGGUUAUGCGUCAGUGGUAUCUCAUCCUACACAGGCUUCUUUCAGAGCAAGGCUGAUGUUUCAGAUUCUUCCUUCUUGACUUUGUCCUCUGAGCUGUUACUGUAAAUGGCAUAUAAACCCCUGUGCAUUCUUCUGUAUGGACCUGCUAAUGUGCACAACAGAUCCACCCAUCUUUGUUUUUUGUCUUUUUUACAAUAAGAAACAAUUAAGAAAGAUAAUGUGAAAAAGGAAGUUUUAAAGGUAGAGAGAAAAGAUGAAUGUCAGGCAUUUGGAGAACUAUAGGGAAAUGUUAAACACUUUAUUAUACUUGAGAAAUUUUUCUUGACAUGUAAAUGAAGUAGAUCUGAUCUUUGAAAAAGUGAAUAGAACUGCAGUCCAUUUCCUCGCUGAUCUCUGAUAGGAAUACGGAGAAGUGUCCUUGGAAAGCCUGCCUAGUGGAGCUCUGGAACCGUAUCAUCCAGUUCCAGUGAUUCUACAGCCCUCGGACCUCCCCCGGGACCACUUACACCAUGGAAUUGACAAAGCAGUGUUCCAAGCCACUGGCUGAAUUGGAAGAAAUAACUUUUACAGGUUGAAAUUCCACCUUUUAAGUAGAAAGUAAAUGAAAUAAAGGAUCCCUCUGAGGAUCUGCUACUGUG